AUGGCUGUUUUUCUAGAUGAUUUUCGCUUAAGAGAAAGAUUUAGAGGAGAAGUCAAAGAAGUUCAGAGAAGAAAAUAUAGUCUACUACAUGGUGUGAGCAAUCUUUUCAUUUUGGAUACAUCAGAGAGCAUGGAUGGAGAAGGUUUUAUUCAGAUGAAGGAGGCAUAUUUAUCAAUGAUCGAAGAACGAAUGACCUACAUUGGCUUAUUUACUAUCCGAGCUAGGGUUAUUCUUAUUUCCGAUGGAAGACCAACAACAUUAGACGAUUCAGAUUCAAAAUGUGAUCAACAUACUGAGGGAGACCAUAGCUUACUUGGGUCUAUUGCUUAUGAGUCUCGCGGAGGAAAACUCCUAAAUCCUCCAGAAGCAAGAGCAUUUGCCAAAUACUCAUUGUGUAUGAUGAUUGCGGCAGAGAUUAUUGGCGAAGUGCCAUCCACUUCUUGUUCUAUUGAUGACGUGAAAAACAUAUUAUUAUCUUCAGGACCUCAGUGUGAUAUAACGGAACAUGAUGUGGAAAAUGUUGUGGAGAUUUUAAACAAUAGACGAGCAUAUGAAAUGUUUGUGUACCGAAAUGACGACCAUUUAGAACAUGAAGUUUAUAGUGAGCGUAAUGAAAGUCUAUUAGCACCUGGGACAAGAGUACGCAGAGGUCCAAAUUGGCAUUAUAGAAAUCAGGACUCUAAUGGACCUGGCACAGUUACAGGACACUGGCAUAGAGAAGGAUGGAUAUACGUGGAAUGGGACACAGGAAUGAGGUUUCCGUAUGAAUAUGUGAACGAUAGCCAUCAGGAAAAUGUAAUUAUUCCUUGCGAUGAGCCUCGAAUACUCCGAAGAGAAAACAUUGCUGUAGGAUGUCUAGUUAAAAGAGGACCAGAUUGGAAGUGGGGAGAUCAGGAUGGCGGUGAAGGCAAUAUUGGUGCUGUUUAUAGAGUAAAAGAGGACGCAGUUUAUGUACGCUGGUCAAAUGGAAUCAAAAGUAAUUACAGAUUCGGUUAUGGUGGAAAAUAUGACCUUGCUGUCUGGUAAGCUGAAUUCAAGAAAUUUCAU